AUGCUAAGUUUGGUGCAGACUAGACUCUAUAAUUUAGAUGCCAGAAAGAUUAUAGCCGCAAACGUUGGUGCAGCUGGUUGUAUACCUCAUACAAGAGAUAUAAAUCCUCCUACGAAUGAGUGUAUUGCUUCCGUGAAUGAAGAUGGCCAGUUAUAUAACAAUAAACUGAAAGCACUGCUCGCUGAGCUUACCUUAAGUAAUACAGAAUCAAAAUAUGUUUAUGCUGAUGCUUAUGCUAUUUUUGAAGAUAUUUUUCGAAAUUAUGCAUCAUAUGGGUUUGAUAUAGCAGAUUAUGCCUGCUGCCACAUUGCGGGAACCCACGGCGGCUUAUUCCCAUGUCUUACUGGAGCUCAAGUUUGUGACGAUCGAAGCAAGUAUGUGUCUUGGGAUGCAUUACAUCCCUCUUAUGCUGCAAAUAUAAUUGCAGCCAAGCAUUUAAUGGAUGGUGGCUCAAAUUUUAUCUCGCCGUUGAAUAUUCGCCAGCUUGUGAUGGGAUGA